AUGAUUUCUGUUCUUAAGAGGUCGCGCAUAACCGUGUCCUUGCGUGAGUGUCGUUUUGGCUUGCACACAUCUGCCGUUCUGCUUGCAGGUCACUCCAAGUGGGCCAACAUCAGGCACGACAAGGCCAAGAACGAUGCAAGAAGGUCCAAAGAGGCGUACCAAAUGGCGUCCAGAAUCUCGCUGAGUGUCCGCCAGUCUGGUGUAGACGGGAACGCACAACUCGCUACGUUGGUAGAAAAGGCGAAGAAGAUGAGCGUCACCAAAAAGAUCAUUGAAAACGCUAUCAAGAGAGGGAAAGGUGAGUCUACGGGCGACACAGUCCAGACAUUCGAUGUGUCGUACGAGUUUAUGGGUCCUGGAGCAGUUGCUAUCAUAGUUGAGGCCACCACCGACAACAAGACGCGAACAGUGAACCUUGUCAAGCACGCUUUAUCCAAAUUCAAUGCCUCUGCGAGCGGGUGCCUGUAUCUCUUCCAGAGGAAGGGCUGGAUCAUCUUUGAGCCCAAAGACCCAAAGAACGAGACAUUGGACGACAUCUUGGAAGUGGCCAUUGAUAUUGGAGCAGAGGAUGUGGAGAGUUUCAACGAUACAGAGAACGAGUACCCUGGGGAGACUCUCUACAAGGUGAUAACCGAACCUUCAGAAGUAGCGUCGAUCUCGAACAAGCUCUCCGAGCAAGGCUACAAGUUGAAGGAUGUAGCCACUGGGUUUGUAGCUGACCCUGAUUCUGCAGUAGACUUUCCAGAGGAUCAUGCCAAAGCGUUCGAGAAGGCGAUGAACUUGUUGGAUGAGGUGCAGGAGGUGACGAACUACUACACCAACAUCAGAGAGUAG